AUGUUUACUGCCGCAACUAAUGCCGCUUCUGCGCUACAAUCUUCCAUAAUGGAUACUCUGAAUUCAAGGCAAAACUCUGAAGUUGUCAAUUCAAACAAUGACGUUCAAGGCGCUUCUGACCCGCAGGUAGAUAACACGAGUCCCCAAGAUUCUAAAUCUUCUACAAUAUCUUCUUCAACAAAUGGUGAAGACAAGUCUUCGUGGCAAGAUAAAUUGCAACCGACAAUUAACUUGGACACUACUGUGGCUACGGGAACAAAUAUAACUAGCUCACCACAAAGUGCGUCUUUAACUAUAGAAGAGUUGGGAACACCAGAAGAUCGGAAAAAGCCAAAUAGGAUGGGGAGCACUAGCACUGGCACGACAGAAGAAUUAUCCGAUAUAAUUGAACUGCCUCCUCCUGCUCAAAUUCCAAAGCAUUCUCCAGCUAGUCCAAAGAGGCACAAAGAAUUCCAUGCACUCUUCCGAAAUGUACCUGAAUAUGAUUAUUUAAUUGAUGACUAUAGCUGUGCUCUGCAAAAGGAAAUUCUUGUUCAAGGUCGACUAUAUAUUUCAGUGAAUUACGUUUGCUUUAAUGCAAACAUUUUUGGCUGGGUGACUAGUCUUGUUAUACCAUUCUCGGAUAUCGUAUCAAUUGAGAAAAAAGUGACAGCAUUCGUUAUCCCCAAUGCGAUUCUAAUCUCAACUCUUCACGCCAAGCACUUUUUUGCGUCAUUUCUUGCACGGGAUACUGUAUAUGACUUAUUGACAAACUUGUGGCGACAAAACAGGCCAACAUUAAGUACUACUCCUUCCUAUACUGGAUCUCAAAAUGAUAAGAUUGGUACAGAGGCAAGUGAUGUGGAUGAAGGCGAAAAAAAGACUCGACCUCUCCAGAAAAAACUUUCAAAAUUAUCACUUGAUCCGAUAAAACUAAUUCUUGGAGAUCAAACAAAAGAAGAACGACCACAAAAUAAUUCCAGCACUUCAUUACCAUUAGCAUCCAAGCCAGAUGACUCUAAAGAUGAAAAAGUCACAGAAACAUCAAAGCCAGAAUCCGGUGGUUUUAGUAGAGAGAAUUCAACGUCUGAUGUGCAGAAACUUUCUAACUCGCAUGUUUCUUCAGUACCGCAUAAAGUGAAAACUACCCACGGAAAAUCUUCCAGAGGUCGAAAAUCAACAAGAAUCAACACGAACCUUAAGAAACGGAUACAUUAUCCUGUCAUGUGUGACUGUCUAAAGAAUCGACAACAUUAUAACACGACAGUUUUGGAUAAAAAGUACACUGGGAGUGUUGAGAAAAUUUACAAUCUCAUAUUCACAAGUGGUUUCGUGCGUCGUUUUCUUGUAGAACAAGAGAAAUGUACCGACGUAAAUAUCGGUGAAUGGGUAUCUGAACCAGAUGGUAAAUUGACUCGUACUUCAAGUUUUAUCAAGCCACUGAAUAAUCCCAUGGGUCCAAAAACCACCAAAUGUUAUUUAAAGGAUGAAUGUUUACUUCGAGAUUUCGACAGCUUCGUCACAAAUCUCACAACCACCACUACGCCCGAUGUACCAUUUGGAGGCAGUUUCUGUGUUAAGACUCGAACUUGUAUUAUGUGGGCUGGGCCGAAUGAAACUCGCGUCAUUGUCACCGCCGCUGUGGAAUUUUCGAAAUCAUCAUGGCUCAAAGGUACAAUCGAGAAGGCUGCUCUUGAAGGCCAGCAACAGUAUAAUAAAAAUCUUGAUCUUGCAAUCCGUAAAUAUAUUGCUGCUCAUCCGAAUGAAUUUCAAGAUGAAUGCGGAUCACCUGUUCGUGAAGUUAAUGAAGUCGCGCCUGACAACGAAACGCAAAUAUCUGAAGCUCGUAUAGAUAAAAAACGAGGUACUUUUGAUGAUGGUGAAUUAGGCAUAAUACCAGAAACGUCCACGAAUCUUAGUCAAGCUUUUGUCGAUUUAAUCAAUGCUCUCACAACAAUCUUUUCAUCAAUAUUUCGGAGUAUUCGCACCCUAUCCAUUAGUGCUUUAAUUGCUUGUGCAUUUGUUUUUAUGAUUGUGGUCAAUUACUAUAAUUGGUUACGAUUAACGGAACUUACACGUAAGAUGGAAAAUAUGCAAUCUGAAAAUAUCGAUGGAUCUCAUGGCUUCAGAACAUUGAAACCAGGUGAUGUACUUUAUGAGUCACGAAGAUUCCGAGAGUAUUCAUUUGAUGAUCGUGUCAAUAUAGAGGGGGAUCUUUGGGUUUGGAUAAGUGAGAAAGCAAAGAAACAUAAAGAGCAUGAAAGUGAUGAAACUAAUACAUCUGAUUUUGACGCAACUUCAUCAACAUUUACUUCUGAUUCCACGUCUGAAAAUCAAGCUUCAUCAGAGAACAAUGAAUCAAAUUCAUAUUCAGAAUACCGUCAAAAAUUUAAACCUCACUUUAUGGAUUACAUUGACCAUUUUAAUGAUAAUUUUGGACAUCGAGCUUUCUCUUGGUCUUCAAAUUCUCGAAGACGUCCUUCAACAUCCUCUGAGCCUCCUACUCUGAACGACCUUCAUGGGCAUAUCGAAGAUUUACAGCGUCUAGUUCAUGCUGCUCAAUAUCAUGCUAAUAAACUUGCCGAUAUUGCCGAAGAGGAGCGAGUUUAUCUUUUUCAAUUAAUGAAAAAUAUGUUGAAAAAUUCUGAUCCACCGUCGUCAACAUCAUCUUCUUCAUAUAAUGAUGAUAAAAACAGUGAGAUCAAUAGCAAUACGAAAGAAGAAUUUUGA